CACACUACAGAGAAGAGUAGAGUCUAACUCUGAGGAGAACAAAAGAAAACAUUGUCCUGUGUUUGUGUAAAGAUCAGUGAAACUGAAGUUCAGUCCAGGAUGAAGAUCCUCAUCAUCUUUACUCUCUACCUGAUCUCAGGUCAAGUGGGCUGCUCUGAUGUGAUUGGCUACCCAGGAGGUAUUGUUGAGAUCUACUACAAGCACCAUAAUCAUGAAGCGUUUAAUGAAUAUUUUUGUAAAGUGACACCAAGUGAGUGUGCGUAUGUAGAUAACCAGAACCCAUGGAGUCAAGACAGAUUAUCUUUACUUCACUAUACUGAAGGUUUUCUUGUGAGAUACAGAAACCUGAGUUUACAGGAUACUGGAUCAUAUCUGUGUGGAGAGACUGGAGUGUGGAAUCAUACUGUGAACCUGAAAGUGAACUCAGAUCCAUGUUGUUUGGGACCAAAGACUGUGGCUGGUAAUCUGGGAGAGAUUGUCACCAUCAGCUGUUCAUAUCCAGAGGAGUUUAAAACAAACUACAAGUACUUAUACAAACAGGAUGGUCAAUAUUUUACUGAAGUUAUCCGAACCACAGAGACUCAGAGAGACAGAUUCUCCAUCUCUGAUGACAGAAGAUCUAAAGUUCUCAUAGUGAACAUCAGUGAUGUGAGAGAAGAUGAUGGAGGAGUUUAUUUCUGUGGAGCUGCAAUUGGAACAAAAUCAGUAAAUUACAACUCCUUCUCUACAGAGAUUCACCUACAGGUUACUGGUCCAACUACGACUAUGACACCAACAACAGCGUCUUACAGGAGCACAUUAACAGCACCACCAACAACAGCGUCUUACAAGAUCACAUCAACACCAUCAAGAGCAGCGUCUUACAGGACCACAGCAACAGAAAAAACACCAGUCACACCUGAUGAAGAACAUUUCAGUUCCUCUGUGAUCAUCAUCACUGUGUGUGUCUGUGUGGCUCUGCUGCUGAUUGGAGGAUCAGCACUGAUCUAUAAACUGAGAUACAAGAAAACACAAGGUACUGUUAAACACUGA